AUGGUAUUCAUUGUAAUCUAUGGCUAUUUUGGUAGUCUAUUAAGUAAUCUAUUAAUUCACGACAACAAUAAUAACAACAACAAUAUCAACGCCAACAAUGACAGCCAAAACAAUACAUCUCUACUAAUGGUAACACAAUUAGCAGACACUGACAACAAUAAUAUGGUUUAUAAUAAUAAUAUCAAUGAGACAGUUGACAUUGAUUAUAGAGCAUCGGUAGCUAAAAUUAAAAACAAGGACGACAACGAUGAAAACAAGAGUCAAUUUGUUAAAAACAUUACAUCCACUGAACUGAUAAUUAUUUUAUGGCUUACAAUAACAUACGGGUCGUGUCUGAUGUUGUUUCUGAGAUUCAGAGUACUGAAACUGGAACGGGAGCUCUCGGGCGAUGGAGAUGACCAUCGGAAUGGCAAAAAACGGGAGGACAGUACAGAUGAAUUGAGUGCCUUUUUGAUUAAGGGUCGCAAAGGAGGAGAUCAUAAACAAUCGUUUAAGCAAAAAGAUUUAGUUAGCAAUCAGCCGGUUGUGGCCACCGAUAGUAAUGAACCGUUUUGGGCGCACAAAUAG